AUGCAGCUUUUUUCAGACGUUGUUCCAAAGACAGCAGAGAAUUUUAGAGCUCUCUGUACAGGUAAAUAUCGUGGUUUCUAAAAUCACAUGAAUUCUCAUUCCGGUGGUGCUAACGGGAUUGAUUGUAAUGUUUUGGCUCUUCCACAAUGUUUUUCAGAGGACUUUUCUAAGUAGUUUGCCAACCUGUCUACGUUGGUUUGCUCCUUUGCAGGUGAACUCGGAACAGGAGCAACGACCGCAAAACCUCUGCAUUACAAAGGCACCGCCUUCCAUCGUAUCAUCAAGGGGUUCAUGGCUCAAGUAUGUGAUCUUUCUUCUUGAAGAUAGGCUCUGUUAACCCUAGACGAAGCAAAUGCCUAUGUUUUAUGGGUACUCUUGGUUAGAUGUGAUGGCCUUUGUCUUGUAGUCAAGUUAUUCUUGUUUAUUCUGUAGGAUACAGGGCUGAUGGUCUCGACUGCUUUUCUUGUGAUGUAUUUUUUUUAAGGUUGUAUGUUGUUAAGUUGUCUACCUUCAUGUUUCGUGCAAUUUAACGUGUAAAAGUUAUCAUACAUAUGAGCAUUUUGAAAUCUGUUCUCACGGGCAUUUAUGAUUUUUUCUCAUUUACAGGGCGGUGACUUCUCAAGAGGAGAUGGUAAGUUCUCUCUGGUCCUUAAAUCCUUUUUCUUUUUUUUUUGGGGGGGGGGGGAUUGAUCUCACUGUCCGUUACUCUCAUUCGGAGUAGACUAAGUUCAUACUAUUACAUUUGAACUUCAACACUGUCAGUUAUGACUGUUAAAUCAUAUUUGAACUUCAACAUUAUUAUUCGUUUUGUGUCCGAAUUUGUUGUUUUCAUUCUAAGAAGUAUAAUUUUUCUCAGUAAUCAAUUUUUCAUUGAAUAGUAAACAUUAUUAUUCAUUGUACGUUUCUCUAUGAAAGGCAUCUUUCGAUCAUUGCAAAUCUACCGCCAUACAAUUUUACUCAAUUUCAUGGCAUCUGUACGUCUACAUUUUAGUUAAAAGGGCUAGACAUAUGGGCGAACGAAAAGUUGGGAAUGAUAGGUUUCCCUUUUUGAGAGAUGAAGAGAGUGCGGUCAACACAAAAAAUAACAGAACUAAGUGGUGCAGUUAAGCUUGUAGUAACCUUAUGACCCAAAUAUCCUUUUCUCCUUAAUGUGAAUAUUUAGCUCUUAUGUGUGAUGUACGAGCUACAAACUAUUUAAUGACUACUGGUUACAAAAAAUUAAUGGUUUAGAGAUGCAUUGUUUGUUCUUCAUUGGGACUAUGAAGUUUUUGUGUGAUGCAUUGUUUGUUCCCAUUCAGUGGGCAUUUCUAUCGAUCGUUAGUUUUAUAUGUACGCAAAUGAUUGAUGUCUGAUAUAUGAAAUUUCAUGUUUUCUUUGUUCAGGAAAAGGGGGGGAGAGCAUAUAUGGUGGGAAGUUUGCUGGUGAGUGUAAUUUGUCUAAUAGUCUCUCAGAACGGAUUUCAUCGUUGUAUUAUAUUUGAACAAUCCGUUGGAUACCUGCCUUGGAUAUCUGCAGAGCCUAUUGUCUUACAUCCUGGCUGGGAGAGAAGAAGAUCAUCCUGGCUAAAUAAUGAUAAAUUUUCCUUUCUUUUCUGUGGAUCCAAGAUAUGAAAACAGUGGCCUCGUCUCUGGAUCUCGUAGGAUCUUCCUCAGCACGAUCAGUUUUUUAUGUUUACUCGCUUUCUAACAUGAUGUGGCAUUUCGUUGGGUUCUUGAAACAACAUGACGGUCCGGUCUACCCAGAAAUAUUUGUAGUCAGGUGUCGUGUUCUUGUUGUUGAAUGUCGUUUAGCAGUGGGUAAUGUUGUGUUUAUUUAUUACUCAUCCAUCCACUGCCAUGACGACAAUAAGGCGCAGUUUGUUUUGUGAUGAAAGCCAACUCAAAAUUUGGCUGGAAAUGGACUCGUGAAAUUAUGUUUGGAGACGGAGUAAUUAGUUUUUAUGCUUUGCAUUUUUUCGCCGACUGGAACUUAAUCAUUCGUACUCUCACAAUAGUACCACACUGACUUCAUACAGAUGAGAACUUUACACUACGACAUGAUGGACCUGGAAUCCUGUCAAUGGCAAAUGCUGGCCGUGAUACCAAUGGAUCUCAGUUUUUUAUAACCUUUAAAGCUACACCUCAUCUUGACGGGUACCCAGCUUCUAAUUUCUUAUCAAUUGCCUUGGUUUUUAGUCUUUUAUUUCAUUACGAAUUUUUUCCUUGUACUUUUGAUGUAUAAGUUGGAUUACAACUACUUAUAGGCUUUUCUUUUUGUCUACUAAAGGAAACAUGUAGUUUUUGGCAAGCUUGUUCAAGGGCAUGAAUUUCUAAAGAGAUUGGAGGCUGUUGAAACUGAUGACACAAGGCCUAUCCAUCCCGUGAAGAUUGUUGAUUGUGGUGAAACAUCUGGGGUGGCAACGGAAGUGAAUGGUACCCUAUCUGUCCUAAAAGAUCUUGCUAACAGGAUGAAGUGA